AUGUCUCAAGGACAUCAUCAUCAUCAUGCAGCACUUGAAGAAAUCGAAGUUGUGCCAUCAGAUGAUUUCAAUCAUAGAGAUGCAAGGACGUCUAGCGUUCAAGGUCACCGUCUGCUCAAAAGACUAGGAAGUGGAGGAUAUGCAAGCGUAUAUCUAUCCGAGCGGGUGAAUAAUACAGAGCUUUUCGCAAUGAAAGUUAUGAAAAAAUGGAAGAUUAUCAAACAUGACGCUAUUGAUCACACUGAAGAUGAAUUGAAAAUCCAUAAGCAGCUCGACUCGCCGUUUGUUAUCAAGCUGAUUGUCUCGUUUCAUACUCCAACAAGAGUUUGCAUGGUCCUGGAGCUGGCUGCUAGACGAAAUCUUCAAGAAAUUACUGAUGAUCGUCAUGCUCUCAUAUAUGAUUUCAAAAUAAAAUGCUGGCUGGCCGAAAUGGUGCUUGGCUUGGAGUAUCUCCAUUACAAACGCGUAAUGCAUCGAGAUAUAAAACGUGAAAACAUGCUCCUAACCUGCCAAGGACACAUCAAAAUAUCGGAUUUUGGGCUAUCGAAAGAAGGGAUGGAUAAAGACACAUUCACGAAAACAAAAUGUGGAACUGUUCCGUGCAUGUGCCCAGAGAUGUUGAUGAGAAUUCCAUACACCCGCUCAGCGGACAUUUGGGGGCUUGGAAUAAUAGCGCUGGAGCUAAUCACUGGACGGUCGCUGUUUGACAGUGACAAUUCCCAAUCAAUUAUUAAUAAGCUCACUUCCAUGAAAUCCUGCAACGAGUUGGAGUACCCCAGUAAUCUUACUGGUGAAGGACUGAUUUUUGUAAGAGCAAUUUUACAAUUCGAGCCGGAUCGAAUAAGUCUAGAGGGUAUUCGUGAUCAUCGAUAUUUGGAGGAGGUUCCGUGGACAUCUAUUUUGGAGUUCACACCUCUGGAUUCUUCUUAUAAAAUGCCGAGAAAAGAAUAUAGUCACCGGCCAGUUAUUCUGAGCAAGUGUCCAGCUCUGAACGGAGACGACCCAUUUGAAGGAUUUGAUUAUCUCAGUGAUUGGUGA